GCCAUAAAACAUGAAGGGACUGGUAAGCCAGGCCAGUGGAAACAUUCCAGAGUUGAAAAUCCUCUCUGGAAUAAGCUUACCUACAUGUGGCCAGUCCUUCCCAGUGGCCAACUUAAUGAGGAGUUUGAUUGGCCAAUAGAAGGGCUGCUUCUUCCAAACGGUCCUCCCAUGAAGAAACCCAUCUCUAAGACACUGGAGCAAUAUGUCCCUGUGAGACUCAGAGUUUUGCGGAAUGGAGACAAGAACAAAACCAGAGCCCUUAUUAUAAUCAGUCCAGACAUCUCACCUAGGCAGAAGAUGCAGUGCACUGAAAUUUUAAAUUUACCUUCUGCAGCUCGGAGAUUGUUCAGUGAAAAGGGGAAGGAAAUCUUUGCCCUAAAAGACCUUCAAAGAGAUGAACUGGUGUAUGUUUCAUGUGGAGAACACUGGAUCAAUCCUGAUCUGUCCAUUGCUCAGCAGAAGAAGCAGAUCUUCCUGAGGAACUUAGCAUCAGAUAUUUCUAAAAUUCAAACUUUCUGCAGUACACGUAAGAUAGAGGCUCUUGUUUUAGAAGUCCAAAGUGACAUUGUGUUGGGAGCCAAGCUUGCUGUGCGGAAACCAAUUUUUGGAGAAGAGAAGCAAAUUAUAGAACCAGAGGAAAAGCAAGUGCAAAAAAAUGCUUUAACAUCGGGAAAUGCUUCCAGUGAAAUUCUAGAUUCACAUGCAAGAGCCCAUCUCCGAAUGAAGGCUUGUCACACACUUCUCAGGUAUGCCUGGCAGGAAACUUCUCAUAACUUUGAUGAAGAUGACAGUCUUCCAAAGAAAAUGGAAGAAGAGCUCUUUGAAAAUGUGGAACCAGAGAAGAAAUACAGCCAUUCUCCAAAACAGAGUAAACUGCAGAAGGUGUGCCACCAGCAGUUUGAAUACAGAGAUGGGCAAAUUAUAAGCUAUGCUUCUCCUCAGCUAGUCUUGGGGGUGCAAGGCCCCAGCCUGCGUUCAGGCAUGGAGGUUGUUUUGGUGGAGAAAAAAGCAGAUGAUAGUCAUCAACACUGGAGGUACAAGGAAGACAGCAGGACCUUUCACCUGGUGAGUAACCCAGACCUGGUGCUGGCAGUGUCUAUGACCAAGGCUGGAGAUGAAGUCUGUGGCUAUCCGGUUAUUGCUCAGAAAUACAAACCACAUAACAAUGGGACUUCUAAUCAAAAGUGGAAUUACAUGACAAAUAUGAAAGCUUUUAUGGCCUUUCAUAGCACUACACUGGAUAAGGAAGUCACAGCAGCAAAUUAUGCUGGUAUUUGUACAUCCUCUGUGAUUAAAGAGAAAUACAUUGAUCAACCAGGAUACUAUUAUCUCUCACCCUGUGGAAAGAAAAAAACAAUGCUCUGUUUGGCAUGUGGGCGAUCCAUGAGAGCAGAGAAGAGACUGAAACAGUUGCUUCCAGGGCUGCCAUUCCUCUGUGCCUCAGGCUCCGAGACCCAGAAGCCCUUCUCACAAGCACCUUUCAAGGUCAUCGAUGUGGCCAGAGCUGAUUUAUCUUCUUAUGAGGCUGAAAACACUUUAAGUUAUUAUGAAGAACGUCUGUUAUCUUUACGGAUGAAGACCUGCACGCAAGUUGUAUCUCAUAGUGGCAUGGCAGUUACUCACCAGAAGGCAGUGAAAAUAAUUGCAUACAAAAAUGGAGAUGGAUAUCGAAAUGGGAAGUUAAUUGUGGCUGGAACAUUCCCCAUGCUGCUUGCAGAAUGCACGGAACAACUUGGUCUUGCCAGAGCAGCCUCCAAAGUAUACACCAAAGAUGGAACCACCAUCCUUUCCUUGUGGGAUUUGGUUUUAUGGGCUCUUGAUAAAUCUUUUAUCCAGAGAGACUCUGAGGGACAAAAGGAAGAGGCAGCCUCUGUUGGAACAAAAGAGACACCUGUUAAAAGUAUGGAAGGAACAACAAGAAUGAAAGUGAAAACCAAAUUAUUUCCAAAGUCUGUGACAUCUGAUAGUUUGGAUGAUAUAGAUAAGUCUUUGCUCACCCUCAUCCUCAGAAAUCCUAUUGCCAUCUGGGUAUCUUGCGGUGAACCAUUUCUAAGUCCGAAUGCUUUGAAGAAAGCAGAAAAAAUAAAAAAACAGAACUGGCUAAAAAAGGACAAAAUUUUGGCUGAUCUAGACACUAUGAAACACAAACUGAGACAGUUAAAAGGGCGGCGGGUAGCAGCAUGUCAGCCAGCCACCAUGGUUCCCAACAAAAGCCCUGUGCAGCCGGUGGUAGUGGAAGGAGGCUGGACUAAGCAGACUCAAGAGGAAAUUAAACUCAUGGACCUUAUAAGACAUACAGAGGCACAGCUUUCUGAAGUCCAAGAACUGCAAUCCAAGGGAAAUUCUCCAACUGCACCUAAAUGUAUAUCAUUCAAGAGGAGCAGCUUGUAUAAGCAACCCGAUGCAAAACGAGCGUGGAUUUACCUAAAUGGAGGCAGACCUGAAGAUGGCACUUAUGCCCGGGGCAGAACUAUUUCAGAGCUGCUGAGUGACUGCUCCUCUCGUCUCAAACUGGCCCACCCAGCCAGAACACUGUACACCCCUGACGGAGAGCCAAUUCACUCGUGGGACGACAUAGAGCGAGACAUGGUCAUCUGUGUGUCCACAGGGCAUGGCUUUAGAACCCAAAGAGAGUUAAAGCAACUGGUGGAGGUCAGAGCAAAUUAUGCCCGAAUCCGAAGGCAGCAGGGCCCUCAAGCCACAGACGCUGUGUUGUCACCAUCCACAAAGCUUCAAUCUCUGGUACCUCUACACAGUGAAUUCCUGUCAGACCCAUCAUAGUUUGUGCUGUGUUUCGCUGGGGCAGCCUGUGCGGACAUACUCAUAUGCUUGCCAGGAUGUUAUAUGAUGAUUAGUCAUUGUUUUCAUAAUUCCAUGCAGUCUCUUUUAAAAGUUAUACCCUCUACCUUUUACACAGGGUGGCAUUUGGUGCCUCAAAUCUGUUCUUACAAAGACAACAGAACUAGACAAAGCAAUGUCAGUAAAAUAACUAUCUUAGGUGUAUUUUCUUCCAGGAAAAGAAAAAGGAAAAUACUAGCUAUUAUUGAAAAAUAAUUUAGUGGGGUCAAGU